CGUAUUUUAACGUAAACAAUAAUAAACUUCGCUCAGGAAAAAAACUGAUGUAAGACAGAUUGCUUUGAAUUCGUGGAAUUUGCUGUUCUGAGGCGGGGAAUCACCUUACAAACAGGGAAAGAAACGUUCUCACCGAGUGCAGAUUAUUAAUGGUUUGACAAUCUUUCCAGCAAAGACCUUUUUCUUGAGAGACAGCGACAAAUUUUGAAGUGACGCAUUAAUAUGGAGUAACGAGCUUUUGUACUUUUAUUGUCUUUUUGAAAUAAUUUACCCAGCCUACUAUCUUCUCGCCACCAUUUGAACCAGAUGAACCAAAUAAUAAGAGGUAUCAGCUCGAUCCUUACUAGAUGAAGCCGCGACGCCCAAAACAAGCGGGGUAUUUUGAACAUCGAAAUUAAACCCAAGGUUUAGCGGGUACCCGUCCAGGUGGAAAAUCCCAAGACCAAAAGACUGCCUUUCACAGACUCGGACUAACCGCAAUGUCUGAAUUCAAGACUCAGUAUCAGCGUUUAAACUCAGUGGACGACCCAGAAGAGGAUCUACCCCCUCAGGGGUUUCAUGUAGGGACUAGGGGCCUCGAAGAAAUAGAAAAAGGAAGGUGGAAUCAUAUAGAAAAUCUGGAUGAGUUUUUUAUAAGAGUUUAUGAAUACCAUAGGCAUGAUGGUUUCGCUUGCAUUCUUCUUACUCAGUGUUUUGAGCUUGUGCAAUUUGCAUUUGUUGUUCUUUUCACAUCUUUUCUUCUUCUUUGUGUGGAUUAUGACAAGUUAUUCAAAAACCCAGACCCCACUUUCAGUGAGGUUGUCCACUUUCACAAGAUUGAACACAUGGAGCCUGCAAUUGUUGUGUGUCUGGUGAUAGCUCUACUGUUCUGGUUUAUACGUCUGGCAAGAGUGUUUAUAUAUUUUUUCAAGCUUUUAGAGAUUAGGAUGUUCUACAAAAAUGCUUUGAAAAUACCAGAGUCUGAAAUAGUCAAUCUUCAAUGGCAAGAUGUGCAGAAACGCUUGAUAGAAAUACAGAAGAUCCACCAGAUGUGUGUCCAUAAAGAAGAGCUCACUGAAUUAGAUAUUCACCAUCGGAUUUUAAGGUGGAAGAACUACUUUGUAGCAAUGCAGAACAAGGGUGUUAUCCCAUGCACCUACCGCUUCCCCUUCCUAGGCCAAAGGACGUUUUUGACGGAGGGCAUGAAGUACAACCUGAAGAUGAUACUGUUUUGGGGUCCAGGGUCCCCUUUUCAGGACAACUGGAAGCUCAGAGAUGACUUUAAAAACCUCAGCAAAAGAUCUGCGCUGGCUGACAGGCUUUCACGUCGCAUUUUCUGGAUAGGAGUAGCUAAUUUUCUCCUCUGCCCAUUUAUUCUCCUAUGGGUUGUACUCUACUCUUUCUUCAGUUAUGCCGAGCUUGUCAAGCGAGCACCUGAUGCUUUAGGGGCGCGCAGAUGGUCGCCGUACGGAAGGCUGUUCUUCAGACACUUCAAUGAACUUGAUCACGAAUUCCAAGCAAGGUUAAACAAGGCGUAUGAGCCAGCUCAGAAGUACUUGAACAUUUUCUCUUCUCCAUUCCUAGCCAUCAUCGCCAAGAAUGUGGCGUUUCUGGCCGGUGCAGUUUUUGCUGUGUUAACCACCUUCACCCUUGUGGACCGGGACGUGCUGAUGGCGAAGCACAUGUUGGCCGUGAUCGCGGGUCUAGGUAUACUCAUCAGAGGAUGCUACGUGUUUAUUCCUAACGAGAACUUGGUGUGGAACCCGGAGCAACUUAUGAGGCAAAUUCUGUCGUAUACACACUACAUCCCCGAAACCUGGAAAGGCAAGGCCCACACCACUGAGGUCCGAGAUCAGUUUGCGCAGAUUUUUCAGUACAAACUAGUUAAUGUUCUGGAGGAGCUUGUGAGUCCUGUGGUCACGCCUUUCCUACUCUGCUUCAGUCUUCGCUACAAAGCGCUAGAUAUUGUGGACUUUUACCGGAAUUUCACAGUCGAUGUCGUGGGUGUCGGUGAUGUGUGCUCCUUCGCGCAACUCGACGUGAAGAAACACGGAAACCCUGAGUGGUUGUCAGAAGGACUCUCGGAAGCGACUCAAUACGAACAGGCAGAGAAUGGCAAGACGGAGCUCUCCUUGCUCCAUUUCUCGAUUCGCAACCCUGCCUGGAAGCCAAGUGAUCGCGGAGCACAUUUCAUCAGCACCAUCAAAGAAAAUGCUAUCCACGAAGGACUGAAUAUCGCAGGCAGUGUGACACUGUCCGAGCCAUGCUCUCUACAAGAUUUUCGAUCAUUCAACAGUUUGCCUGGUCUGCCAUAUGAGCCAGCAAUGGCUACUAGCGACCCGACAGCGGGUCUUCAAGGGGGAGUAAAGGCUGCCGACACGAGACGGAGCCGAGAGCAGCACACGGAAGCGCUGAUGAACACUAGUAUGCUGUACAUGCACGAGCUACAUAGCCGCCAGGCUGACCACUCUAUGCACGAGGUGUCCUACCCGUCUGGGCCGAGCACCCAAUCACCGCGCAGACCAGAGACAAGUGGUCUCUUUCAGGAAACGGGUUUGACGUAUCAAGCACGUGAACAAACAUUUGAACAGGAAAUGACAUACAUGGCCAGGUCGCACGGACCGGAAGUCGCGUUCCACCCCGGACUCAGUGGCCAAUUAGGCAGAGUGGAGGAAGGAAGUCAGGCAUUGCAUUCGACUAGUCCAACAGCCGGUAGCAGCAGCAGUCAGACUGAUGAGCAGAGGGACCGAGAUCAAGUAACAAUGGUUAACUUCUAGGCCUUGGGCAGAGUUAAAGUAGUUACCCGAGUUUCGGCGAAUUUUAUUAAAGGAGUGUAUUGUGCUUAAAUCCAAGACCGCAAAUUUCAGUUCGCCUUUAAGACACCGAUUAAAACGGAAUUUCAACGUUUCUUACUAUUUUUUAUUUGGCCUUAGUAAAACGAUAUGCACUCGGAGACAUCCUAUGUGCCUUGGGUGCUCGUAUAUUGCCUAGCUGAUCGUUAACAAACCAAUCAUUUUUUUUUGUUAUGAAUGCAACCUUAUUUUUCUACUAUAAACAUGAAAAGUGUCGCGGUAUUAUUAUAUCGCUGUUUUUUGCGCUGAAUUUGCACGGCGUAAAAAUGAAACACCGUUGCAAACAAAAUAUUCGUGUACUAGAGCCUAUACGUAGCAAGCGCAGGAGGUUGGUUAGAGGGAGACGAUGUACGAAGACUUCCUUCUCCCAUCGCUGUGUGCUUGCUUUGCUGGUUAUUAAGUACCGGAUAUUGUUGUUUGACGGUGCACAGAGCGCGUUCGUACAGUACCCAGGUUCGGUGGGAUGUCCUGCAUUUUAGUGGAGGUUGAACAGGUAGGCUUGCCGUUAUUACAUCAAACUUGAAUAACGCAACGCAAUUUAGGCUCAAGUUUCUAGGUUAUAUAUAGGGGAUACUGGGCCAGCUAGCAGGCUAGCGUGUUUUAUCUUAAACUAGUUCGAGUUUCUUUUAAGUUUAUAACGAAUUGGGGCGAUUGUAAGAUAUACUAUAUCGAGAAAUUGUAAGUGCGUGUUAUGAAUAAAGAGGUUUUUGGUUUUGUUA